AUGAAAAAGCGUAUGGAGUACCCGAACCAGACUGUGGUGAGCCACUUCUUUCUGCAGGGUCUGAUGGACACAGCUGAACAUUCUAGCCUCUUCUUCCUCCUCUUCCUCCUCAUCUAUAGCAUAACCAUGACUGGGAACCUACUUAUUCUCAUAACUGUGGGCUCUGACCUUCACCUCCACUCCCCAAUGUACCACUUCCUGGGACACCUAUCCUUCCUGGAUGCAUGUCUGUCCACAGUGACAGUGCCCAAAGUCAUGGCAGGCCUGGUGACUCUGGAUGGGAAUGUGAUCUCCUUUGAGGGCUGUGCUGUACAGCUUUGCUGCUUCCACUUCCUGGCCAGCACCGAGUGCUUUCUGUACACAGUCAUGGCCUAUGACCGCUACCUGGCCAUCUGUCAACCCCUGCAUUACCAAGUGGCCAUGAACAGGCGGAUGUGUGCAGGGCUGGCUGGGAUCACUUGGGCCAUAGGUGCCGUGCAUUCUGCAAUCCAUACCUCCCUCACCUUCCGCCUGCUCUACUGUGGGCCUCACCACAUCGCCUACUUCUUCUGUGACAUCCCCCCCGUGCUGAAGCUAGCCUGUGCAGACACCACCAUUAACGAGCUUGUCAUGCUUGCCAGCAUUGGCAUUGUGGCUGCAGGCUGCCUGGUCCUCAUCGUCACAUCUUAUGUCUUCAUCGUGGCAGCUGUGCUGCGGAUCCGCACAGCCCAGGGCAGGCAGCGCGCCUUCUCCACCUGCACUGCCCACCUCGUGGUGGUGCUGCUGUACUACAUGCCACCUGUCUGUAUCUACCUACAGCCUCACUCCAGUGGGCCAGGAGCUGGGGCCCCUGCUGUCUUCUACACAAUAGUCACUCCCAUGCUCAACCCUUUCAUUUACACUCUGCGGAACAAAGAGGUGAAGAGGGCUCUGAUGAGGCUUUUGUGCCAAGGCUCCCAAGAAGCUCCAGCAGGCAGCCCACCCCCAUAA